AUGUUUGAGGAUAUCAAAUUAAUUUAUAUGAACGUUCGCAUCCUACGCUUCUGGGCCUUGCUCUACGAUAAGAAUGUGAAGCGUUACAUUUGCCUAACGCUGACCAUCUUCCAUGUGGUCACUCAGCUGCUGUACAUGUUGUCCACCAACGAAGGCAUCACCGGCAUCAUACGCAACUCGUAUAUGCUUGUGCUGUGGAUAAACACACUGCUGCGGGCAUAUUUACUGCUAUUCGACCAGAAUAGCUACUUGCAGCUGAUUAGCAAUCUGCAAGCUGACUACUAUCAGCUGCAGCGUCUUAACGACGGUUAUGUGACGCAUCUCUUAGAUCAGGUGAAUAGACAGGGUCAGCUCAUGGCGCGUGGAAAUCUCUUUUUUGGUCUGCUCACCUGCAUCGGUUUUGGUCUAUAUCCAUUGAGUUCAAGUGAGCGAGUUUUGCCCUUUGGUAGCAAAAUACCCGGCGUGAAUGAGUACGCCACGCCCUACUAUCAAAUUUGGUUCGUCUUUCACAUGCUCAUCACCCCGAUGGGCUGCUGCAUGUAUAUACCGUACACGAGUCUCUGUGUUGCCUUCAUUAUGUUCGGGAUUGUGAUGUGCAAGGCGCUGCAACAUCGAUUGCGUUGCCUCUGCCAAAAGCAGCUAACCCGAGAGCAACUAUCUGUGGAAAUAGUCGAUUGUAUUAUCUAUCAUCAGCGGAUCAUUGAUUAUAUACAGACCAUCAAUAAGCUAACAACCUACAUAUUUCUGAUUGAGUUUUUGGCAUUUGGUGCUCUACUCUGCGCCUUGCUCUUUAUGCUGAUAUUUGUGGAUUCAACGGCGCAUGUGGCCAUUGUAGGUGCGUAUAUAAACAUGAUACUAGCACAGAUAUUGGCCCUGUACUGGUAUGCCAAUGAGUUAAGGGAACAGAACUUGGCCAUUGCCACGGCUGCCUAUGAGACCGAAUGGUUUACCUUUGACCUCGCCAUACGCAAAAACAUUCAGCUGAUGAUAUUGCGUGCGCAGCGUCCAGCUUCGAUACGCUUGGGCAACAUUCGACCCAUCACCCUGGAGCUAUUUCAGCAUCUGCUCAACACAACUUACACGUUCUUCACGGUGCUCAAACGCAUUUACGGUUAA